UCGGAGCGUCAUGGCGGCCUCGUCGGUUGUCAGUUCCGUGAAUCGCUGUUAUCUCUAAGAUUAUAGCUGUUGCUUUAAGUCGCUUUAAAACCAUGUCGGCUAUAUUUUUGCUUAAAACCUCGGUGAGCCGACUGCCACCGAGUGUCUGCCGGCAUGUUGUCGGCUGCCGUUACCACACGGAGAAAGGUGUGUACGGAUACCGACCCAAACCCAGAAAGCGGAUCCAUAAAUUUGAGAGCGACCGCCUCGCUGCGCUGAACCAAGAUCACGGUCUUGCCCGUAUGGUGGAGGUGUACAGAACUCAUGGACACAAAGCUGCUAAAGUUAAUCCCUUACUACCUGAGAAACCUGUUGCUGACAGUGUACCAGAGAUAGACAUGUUGAUUGGUGCCAUACAAGGAAACCUCAACACUACAGGGCUACGCCAUUUUUGCAAAGCAGAGGCACCGGUGGAAGAUGUUCUGGCUUAUUUGCAGGAAGCAUAUUGUGGCCAUGUGUCAGUGGAGACCAGCCAGCUGAGCAGCCUGGAGGAGAGGGAAUGGUUUGCUGACCGCUUUGAGGAACAUAAGAAGAAAACUUUCUCCACCGAGGAGAGGAGAAAACUGGCCAAGCUCAUGCUGGAGUCGCAGGAAUUUGACCACUUUCUCGCCACUAAGUUUGCAACCGUGAAACGCUAUGGAGGAGAAGGAGCAGAGAGCAUGAUGGGGUUUUUCUAUGAGCUUUUCUACCAGUUGGCCCAUAAUGGAGUAAUUGACAUUAUUAUCGGCAUGCCCCAUAGAGGUCGCCUUAACCUCCUGACAGGCCUGCUGAAGUUCCCACCGGAGCUGAUGUUCCGUAAAAUGCGUGGCCUCAGUGAGUUUCCUGAGACUUCACCUGCCAUUGGCGACGUUCUGUCCCAUCUCACCUCCUCAGUGGACUUGGAUUUUGGAGCAGGGCACCUCAUUCAUGUGACAAUGCUACCAAACCCGUCUCACUUGGAGGCCAUUAACCCCGUGGCCCAGGGCAAAACAAGGGCCAGGCAGCAGCUCAUGCAGGAAGGAGACUAUUCCCUUGAAGAUGAUGCCCAGCCGGGGGACAAAGUCAUCUGUCUACAGGUCCAUGGUGAUGGCUCUUUCAGUGGCCAAGGGAUUGUUCCUGAAACACUGACCCUUUCAAACCUCCCUCACUACAGAGUUGGUGGCAGCAUCCACCUGAUUGUGAACAACCAAGUGGGUUACACAACUCCGUCAGAGAGGGGGAGGUCCUCUUUGUACUGCAGCGAUAUUGGUAACAUGGUGAACUGUGCUGUGAUCCACGUCAACGGGGAUGAUGCUGAAGAGGUUGUGCGGGCCACUCGGCUGGCUGUAGAUUAUCAACAAUGUUUCAGGAAAGAUGUGAUCGUAGACCUGAUGUGUUACCGUCAGUGGGGCCAUAAUGAGCUGGAUGAGCCUUUCUUCACCAACCCAGCCAUGUACAAGAUAAUCCGCUCACGUAAAAGUGUCCCUGAUGCAUACGCAGACCAGCUGGUCUCUGAAGGCCUGAUGACUGAUGCUGAGCGUGAAGAGAUCAAAUCAAAGUACUAUAGCAUGCUCAAUGACAAACUGGCCAACAUGACUCUGUACAGCCCUCCACCCACCAACCUGCAGGGCCGCUGGGGAGAUCUGGUGGAACCCCAGGCCAGAGUCACCACGUGGGACACUGGUGUACCUGUUUCCUUACUGCAGUUUGUAGGGGUAAAGUCUGUGGCGGUCCCUGAGGAUAUUCAGUUGCACAGCCAUCUGGAAAAGACCCAUGUACAGGCUCGACUACACAAGUUGGAGGACGGCACUAAACUGGACUGGUCCACAGCAGAGGCCCUUGCCUUCGGUUCGCUCCUGUGUCAAGGUUUUCAUAUUCGUAUCAGCGGACAGGAUGUUGGCAGAGGCACAUUUAGCCAGCGACAUGCAAUGGUGGUGUGUCAGGAGACGAAUGACAUGUACAUCCCUCUGAACCACAUCAGCCCUGAGCAGCAAGGCUUCCUGGAGGUGUGUAACAGCCCCCUGUCUGAAGAGGCAGUGUUAGGAUUUGAAUAUGGCAUGAGUAUCGCAGAGCCCAAGCUGCUGCCUGUCUGGGAAGCUCAAUUUGGAGACUUCUUCAAUGGCGCACAAAUCAUCAUUGAUACCUUCAUCUCUGGAGGUGAGGCUAAAUGGCUGCUGCAGUCUGGGCUGGUGAUCCUGUUGCCUCAUGGCUAUGAUGGAGCAGGACCUGAACACUCUUCCUGCCGUAUGGAGCGCUUCCUGCAGAUGUGCGACAGUAAAGAGGAGGGUGUAGAUGGUGAUAAUGUGAACAUGGCCGUGGUCAACCCCACCACUCCGGCUCAGUACUUCCACUUGCUGAGGAGACAGAUGAUCCGGAACUACCGCAAACCCCUCAUAGUGGUCGGACCCAAGACGUUGCUGAGGUUUUCUGGGGCAGUGUCCACUCUGCCUGAGCUGGCACCAGGAACAUUUUUCAGACCGGUGAUAGGUGACUCCUCUGUCUCAGCAGAAAGCAGUGUCCAGAAGGUGGUGCUGUGCUCAGGGAAACAUUACUAUGCCCUGCUGAAGCAGAAGGAGGCUUCAGCAGCCAAUCAAAACACUGCACUCAUUCGCGUGGAGGAAUUGUGUCCCUUCCCACUGGAGGCACUGCAGCAGGAGCUCAAAAAAUACCCCAGUGCCAAAGAGUUUAUCUGGAGCCAGGAGGAACCACAAAACAUGGGUCCCUGGUCUUUUGUUGCUCCCAGGUUUGAGAAACAGCUGGCCUGCAAGCUUCGGUUAGUCAGCCGUCCUGCCCUUCCUGCUCCUGCUGUUGGCAUCGGGACUCUCCAUCACCAACAGCAAGAGGCCAUUCUCACUGCUACCUUCUCAUAAAGGCUCAGACGUGUUAGUUUCAGGUGUUCUUUAUGUGCAUUGGCCAACAUUAGCCAGACUAAGUUGGAGCACCUAGAUCAGCUGCAGGUGCAGAGUAACAGCAGAAGCAAGAUAACCACAUGAGAAGACACGAAAAUACAGAGAAGAAGAAAAUAUGUGGCUCUGUGACAACAAAACAAAAAUGGUUGAAAGUUUUCAUAACAAAUUACUACAUUUCAGGAACCAUACUUUUUUAAAACUAUUCUUAUGGAAUGAUUCAUUUCACUUAGAUGCAAUCUGAUAAAAUUCUUUGUUUAAUGUAGACAUUCAUUAUCCACGAUAAGUUACAAUAAGCCAAAAGUGGUGUCGGUCACCUUCACAUACAUAUUUAAUAAUAAUUUAAAAAUAACAAAAAAAUGCGGAUCUUCUUCAGAUUUUUGCCUGGUGUGCUGCAGCACAUUGAUGCUGUGUCUGCUCACCUUUUGGUUACCACUUGGGGGCAGCACCACAUACAGUCGCAGAAAGUACACGGUAACAGAAGGCCAUAAGAACAAGCCAACUGUUGUUUGCAUAGCAUAAAUGGCAUAACUUUACUGUUCUGACCUGGUAUGAGGAACAUUAAGUUCAUAUGGGUACAUUUAUUUGUUGUAAUGGCCACCACUAGUAGAUAUGUUGAUUUUGUUUUUACCUUGCAACGUUAAAUGUUCCUGUGAGAAGUCUGAUGAGAGCCACGUGAUGACCUUUUAACUUUUAUGAGCAUUUGGAGGCGUGGAAGUAGCAAUGAAACAAGCUUAACUGAUUUACAAUAUUAAAACUGAGCCAUUGACUGUUUCAUAGAUCAAUUCAGGACUCUGUUACAUUAAAAUAGGUUUUCCAUUCAUAUGUUAAUAAUUACACCCUUACUGUCAUGUCAAGUUUGAGCACCAUUAUGUCGCCAUGCUGCACAGGAGUAAACAUGUCAGAAAGGUUAGGGUGAGAUCACCUCAAAAAAAAAAAAAUAUCCUGUGAUCCCCUGUAAAUCUCUAAAUGUGUAAACAGAUACAGUUGUACUACACAUAGUGAAGUGUGUUUGUGCCUUAAAACCCAACAACAGCAGAAAACAAAAUUUACAUUUCAGCAACUAUUAGUGCUUCCCAGUUGCAGACCUGCUGCAUGGCAGACACAUGAGACCAUCACAUAAUGUAUGGUUUUUAAAAUGAACCAAAAAAAACAACAAAGGAUGUGUUACAGUGAAUACAUCUGUGUGUACAAGGUUACAGCAACUGGACAUCUUGUUGGGUUUUCAAAAUAUUUCACCACUUAUCCAAGUGACUUUUUCAGACUUCUGAAGCGAAACGUCCAGUUUGCUGAAGGGUAAACUUUUAGCUGUUUGUACUUGUAUAAUCAAAUAUGGGGCCCGGUUUUAUAAAGCAGUCUAAUCUUGUGUAGUCAUCUAAACUCACUCAGUCGACUAAUCUUUUGACAUUAGUCAUUGCACAAAGCUCUUAGUUGACUAAAGUUUUUAGCCUGGCUUAGAGGAGGUUUGCCUCAAAAAAUGGCGGCUAUCAUGUACCACCGCUUGAUGGAGCAGGAAGAAAGGAGAUCCUUGGAGUGGGAGCUGUUUUUUUUCCAGGACUGGAAUAAUCCAUUGGAGAUGUUUACGGACACCGAGGCCAGGACCACUUCUCCUCUGGUGCAGCGGAUUCGCCCAUGUUUGUAGCAGAUGACCAACCUGGAAGGAAACAAAACUGUAACACGUUGGAGGCGCUUCUUGGCAACGCUACUGGCAAGGCCGCUUAUGCCCGUAAAACUCGUCAACUGACGUUAGACAGCUAAUCUACAAAUUUAGCCAUUGAUGUGAAAUGGAAAUUAGACUGCUAAUGUUGGGUGACUAACCUUAGCCGACUAAGUAAGCUUAGUAGACUAAAAGAUUAGACUUGCUUUAUGACACCGGGCCCGGGUCUUCAUGUACUCGUAAUUGAAUGUAAAACCUGGAUUGUCCGUGUUUGCUUCAAGGUGUGCUUGUUUAUUUGCCCAUGUCAUACAUCAUGCCUGUCACAAUGGUGAGAGGGGAAAAAACCUCUAAAAAAAAAAACAUUAGUUUAUCAUCCUUGAUAUCAGAACAAAGUAGUGAGGGAGGAUGAAUUUUUUUGUUUCGUCUUAGAAACAGUUACAUACGUCAUUUGAAACCUGAAAAAUGACACAUACGGCACCUGCAUGCCAAGUGAGGAACUGAAAAUAUCAGAUAUUUCUUAAAUAAAUUUUGUUUCCAUCCUGAAUACAGUCAUUGUACUGCAUGCUAGUAGCGUGAUAAACAUGCAUACUGUGUGUGAGUGAGACGGAGCAACUGACUGUGGUUGUCAAUGACAACAAGCCGCAAGUUCCAGGCCUGGCUCAGUAAACUUUGGCCACUGUUGGGCAAAGCAUACUCACCACCUGUGGCACAGGCUGGUUCUUGCACCACCUGUACCGCCAUUAAUGACAUUUGCCAAGAAAUAAAAAAUUGAUGCGGGCCAAUUUCGGCAUGCGGGCAGGGAUGAUAAACUAAUGUUUUUUUAUGGAGCCUAAUGUGAAUUCAAGCUGAAUGUCAACUACCAGGGACUGUCCAACUUGUGUUAGGUCUGUCAGCUACUUGUCCUUUGUGAAGAUUUGAAAUUUACAUAAUCUCACUUUUCUGUUAAGUAAUUAUCAGUAAAUUAUUUAAGAUUUUUUCUGGAAUUAAUAUGAGAUUAUGAGUAUUUUGGCCACUGUUAAAUAUAUUUUGAUCUAUUCAUUUAAAUAUUAAGUGAUGCUGAACUACAGUUUACAUCUGUUACCAUUGUGAAGCAGAAUAUUUAAUUUUGAGUGCUGUCUUGGGUUAAGAAGAUAUUGAUGAUAUUACGUUGCACCACUUUGGACUAAGACCCACUUGAGCCAUAUCAUCGUUUAGGGCCCCUUCACACAUAGUACGCAUAAGUACAAAUCAGGGUGAAUCACGGCAGAACAGCUCAUAUGAGCGAACCACGGAAACAUUGAGCCACUGGGCAGGCAUGAACGAUGCGGCUGCGACGGUUUCGUGCUCGCAGGAAUACACUGCGAGCAGCAGCGUGAAAUAAAAAAAAAAAUACAUGCCACCCACAGGAUUCGAACCUGAAAUUUCCAAAAGC